AAAAUCUUGGACCUUUGAGUUCAAGCCGGCGACGGAUUCCGUCGAUGCGAGGCCAAAGGCACCAGAUCCAGACCACCACCAACACGACGCUGGCGACUGGACGCCACGGGGACGCCGGCGAGCUGCUAUCGUCCACCACGACGCGACGGUGGCGAGUUGGCGCUGUCAGGGACGGACCUACGGGCAGGAGGAGAGGAAGGCACCACCCAUCACCGCCGCCAAGCUCCUGGCGCCGGUGGCCGCGAGCUUCAGGGGAGACCUCCUUCCCUGCAUCCUCCUCUGCCGAGGCAGCCGGCGAGGCGCCCCUGCUCUGUCAGCUGUGGAUUAGGCAUUCAGGACUUAAUUGGCUGCUCCAACCAAACAAUAACCAUAACAGUGGAGUAUCAUCAAGAAGCAGCUGUGCAGUUCUACCAGGAUCAUUUCAAAUGUCUGUUUAUCGCACUUUCCCUCUAUUUUGUUCUUCUUAUUUUUAG